CAAUAAACGACCAGCAGACGUGCAUUUGAUAUGGCCAGGCCGCCGUAUGGAACCGUCUCGUAUGUGUUCACAUGAAUAUGUGAUAUCUGCUGGCAGCAGGGAUACGGAGAUUUUGUGUGUGGUGUCUGGCAACAGUAAGAUGGAUAUUUAUCUGUGAUUGCCUAGCAGAAGGGAUAUGGAUAUUUAUCUGUGAUUGCCUAGCAGAAGGGAUAUGGAUAUGUAUCUGUGAUUGCCUAGCAGAAGGGAUAUGGAUAUGUAUCUGUGAUUGCCUAGCAGAAGGGAUAUGGAUAUGUAUAUGUGAUGUCGGCUAAAGUCGAUUUUGUCGCACUGUGUUUAUGAGUUGAGGUUUGUAUUUCUUUAUAAUGCUCCGUGACGCCAAUGCUCCGUGACGCCAAUGCUCUAAUACAGCGGUUCUCAACCAUUGGGGGGUCGCGGGACCCUUUUCCAGGGGUCGCCUAAGACCAUCUGAAAACACAUAUCCUUACGCCUAUGACGUAGCAACGAAAAUAAUUGUGUGGCUGGGGGUCGCCACGACACGAGAAACUGUGUUAAAGGGUCGUGGCACUAAAAAGGUGGAGAACCACUGCUCUAAUAACACACACACACAGUUACACGAUUUAAAAAAAAACCGAGGAAAGAAGAUAGUGUGUGUAAAUUGAACUAUUUAAAAAUCACAUCUCCCGAGGUUUUGAUUCAUGGAAAGCGCUUGUCAAUAGAUUUAGGUGGGCCCAAUUUUUACAUAUUUUGGGGAUUUUUUCUUUGUUCCUAGAACGUGAUCUAUGACGAAGGUCAACAAACAUGGCGGUCACUUAAACCAAACAAACAAACAAGAACUUAAGUCAGGAAUAUUCAAUCAUAUGUUCAAUAUUUGACCGCAGAUUCAGGUUUUUCGUGUGACAUAUAAAUUGUAUAGUCUCAACGCAGCUCUCUUAUUUACUCUCAAAGCAGCUCUCUUAUUUACUCUCAAAGCAGCUCUCUUAUUUACUCUCAAAGCAGCUCUCUUAUUUACUCUCAAAGCAGCUCUCGUAUUUACUCUCAAAGCAGCUCUCGUAUUUACUCUCAAAGCAGCUCUCUUAUUUACUCUCAAAGCAGCUCUCUUAUUUACUCUCAAAGCAGCUCUCGUAUUUACUCUCAAAGCAGCUCUCUUAUUUACUCUCAAAGCAGCUCUCUUAUUUACUCUCAAAGCAGCUCUCUUAUUUACUCUCAAAGCAGCUCUCUUAUUUACUCUCAAAGCAGCUCUCUUAUUUACUCUCAAAGCAGCUCUCUUAUUUACUCUCAAAGCAGCUCUCUUAUUUACUCUCAAAGCAGCUUUCUUAAUUCCUUUAAAUGUGGCGUUCACUUUCCAAGCCACCAUUUUGACCCACUUAACCUGUCAAACACCAGACACACACCCCCACCUACUUUUUAAAUGACCAAAAAGAACUUCUGAGACGUGUUUAAAUAACUUCACAGGUCAACAUCACCGACACGGCAGGGACGCCAGGACUGAAUGACGUCAACAGAACUUUAAAGCACGUGAUGUCAGAUAGUUUUGGGGGAGGAUAAUAAAAAAAAAAAAUAUUUAAAAAAAAGAACUAAGAAGACUUUUUACAACACGCUUACUCGCGCCAUUCAAGGACCACAACCCUUUGGCGCACAACACACCAGGGGAAUGAGCAGCUUCUACUACAAGGUUGUCCCUCCUCCAGACAAACCCACGCUGAUUGGCUACAAGAAAGUCAACCACGGGGAGCUCCAGGGCAUCGUUAGCAGGCUGGCGAGACCCAAAUUGGCGUGGACAGUAAGUGGUCAUUCCUGGUCAGUUUACCUACACAAUUAACUCAGUCGCCAGGCAAAAAUGCAACGUUUGUUAUGUGGACAGGAUUCUAUAGGUCAGUGCUUUCAUGGCGUCUAGAAGGGGGGGGGGCUUCGGCCCCCCGACCCCAUGUUAGAUAACUGACCCCUCUGAUAUAUAACCGGCCACCUAGAUAUAUAUCUGACCAACUGAUAGAUAUCCAACCUUCUGAUAAAUAUCAGACUCCCCAUAUAGAUAUCCCAUCCCUGAUAGAUAUCCCAGCACCAGAUAAACACCCAACCCCUACGCAGAUAUCAUAUCCCCUGAUAGAUAGUUCCUCCCCCAAAAGUAUCCCAUCCCCUGAUGUAUAUCCCAUCCCUUGAUUGAUAUGUAUCCAAUCAACUGAUAAGAUAUCCCACCCCCAGGUAGAUAUCUCAUCCCCAGGUAGAUAUCUCAUCCCCAGAUAGAUAUCCCAUCCCCAGAUAGAUAUCCCAUCCCCAGAUAGAUAUCAUAUCCCCAGGUAGAUAUCUCAUCCCCAGAUAGAUAUCCCAUCCCCAGAUAGAUAUCCCAUCCCCAGAUAGAUCUCCCAUCCCCAGAUAGAUCUCCCAUCCCCAGAUAGAUAUCCCAUCCCCACAUAGAUAUCCCAUGCCCAGAUAGAUAUCUCAUGCCGAGAUAGAUAUCUCAUCCCAAGAUAGAUAUCACAUCCCAAGAAAGAUACUUCUUUAAAAUCCAAAUUAUAGUUUCCAAACUUUCUAAAGUCCAAUGUACACAAUAUCUAAUGUUGAAAAUGUUCAUGUUAAUUCAUUACCGGGCAUAUUUCUGUUUGAGAUGUUGAAAUGUUAUCUAAAGCUGAUCUUUAGACAAGUUAAAUAUUCUUGUUUAAAUGUAAGGCCCAGGUGAAAAUGAGACUUGUCCUAAAUUCCCGGUUGAUCCCCACCCCCCCCCCUUGUAGGAGAUAGUUGAGACCCAAUGUCCAACAAACCCAUAUAGGAGAUAGUUGAGACCCAAUGUCAAACAAACCCAUAUAGGAGAUAGUUGAGACCCAAUGUCCAACAAACCCAUAUAGGAGAUAGUUGAGACCCAAUGUCCAACAAACCCAUAUAGGAGAUAGUUGAGACCCAAUGUCAAACAAACCCAUAUAGGAGAUAGUUGAGACCCUAUGUCAAACAAACCCAUAUAGGAGAUACUUGAGACCCAAUGUCAAACAAACCCAUAUAGGAGAUAGUUGAGACCCAAUGUCAAACAAACCCAUAUAGGAGAUAGUUGAGACCCAAUGUCCAACAAACCCAUAUAGGAGAUACUUGAGACCCAAUGUCAAACAAACCCAUAUAGGAGAUACUUGAGACCCAAUGUCAAACAAACCCUCAGAGACCAGGUUAUAUUUAGCCCCAUUUGCUAUACUCUCAAUCCAAUCACCAAGAAAGCACCGAACUGAGUCAAUCCCAGGGAAGUCUGGGGGCAUUUUCAGAAGACGGUGGGUGAGGGGGUGUAGUUGGAGAAUCAGUCAAGCAACAACCGAGUCUGUCAAAAGUGCUAAGAAAUCAAUAUCGACCGCAGACGUUAAAGCGUCACUUGUACAUUAAAGUCAGGCGUCGGAUUACGACAGAAAUAUCCCAGGGCUGAACACCGAGAGUUCGAUUAGUUUAUAUUUACUUUGGGUUCGAUGUGUCGAAUUUCGACGUAUGUGUCCAGUUGUGCCCAGAUGUGUCUAGCUGAUUAAAUUAAACGAAGAUUUUAAUUAAAUAAUUAUGCUUGUUUUGUUUUUUGUUUUUUUAUUUGCUUUUUAAUUUUUUUUAUUAACAAUACAGUUGUUCCCCGACUUACGAACCAAUGUUAAUAUUUUACAGUGGUAUUUUGACUUACGAACCAAUGUUAAUAUUUUACAGUGGUACUUUGACUUACGAACCAAUGUUAAUAUUUUACAGUGGUACUUUGACUUACGAACCAAUGUUAAUAUUUUACAGUGGUACUUUGACUUAUGAACCAAUGUUAAUAUUUUACAGUGGUACUUUGACUUACGAACCAAUGUUAAUAGCCUAAAGUUGUACUUCGACUUACGAACCAACGCAUACAUUGGUACAUACGAACUUUUUGACACACGAACUUCUUUCAUAUCCCAUUUUCCUGCGGUGUUUGUGACUACUACGUGGCAUUUAUCUGGAAUGCGACCGAAACGGGUGACAAAACAUCUUAAUCUUAAAUCAAUAAUCUUACAGUUAUCCAGUGCGAGAACAAAUACAAUAACAUAAUUGAUGCAUCCAUAAUAUGCUAACAAGUAACUAAAAAAACAACAACAACACACAAUGUUAUCCAUCUUCUCUCCCCUUUACACAGCCAUACACACUUCAUGGACCCGACGGCAAGCUAUCAUCAGCUGGCUGUGCCACGAACAGGCCAAACUCUGGGGGCACCCAGGUGAAGACCCCCCAGAAACUGACAGAGCAAGAGCUUCAGCGCCUCCUGCGGCGAAUCCAGAGACCGACCAUUUCCCAUCAGAUGUCCCGCCAAGGCAGCGACGUCGACAGCAGCAGACCUUCCACGGCUCCGCCUCACGGGUCGUCUGGAGAACGACUGAAGAGAAUCAUCCAGCAGCUCUCGCGCCCCACGACAGCCAGCCGAGCCAAGCGCAGCACCGAGUGCCACCUGUGCGACGAAGCCGGGCGAGAGCUAAACAGGAAACUAGUGCCUUUCGAGUACGCGUACGCCGAUGAAAAAGUCGUGAGCGAGGACGAGGCCAGCGCCAUAGUGAAGAGAGUGAGUUCCCCUACCAAAGCCAGCGAGCGAGGCGGUGGAAGUGCGUGCGUCAGGCUGCCGCCUGACUAUGACGUGGUACACGCCCAAUCGCCGAAUCUCCCCCUUUUAUCCGGGCUGACUCGCAGCAGGAGUGUCCAUCACGUGGUCAACAGAUUACAUCAUAACCGAAGCGUCUGUGGCUCGGCCCACCACCAGCGGCCACCUUCCGUACCAACCCAGGGACAGUAGCUUUCCCGGACCACCGCAACGACCUUAUCGCGAAUUGGUGGACAGCGGUCAAGCCGUGAGAAGGAAUUAGUGGAACAAGACAUGGAGCCGAAAUGGCAUUAUACUCGUACUGUCCUUUCAUUUCAAUUUCAAUCCUAUACAAUCAUAUUAUAUUUCUCCAACAUUCCCUUCCAUGUCUGAGUAGACAAAUCGACACGAGCCGAGCACUCGUGUCAUUAAACUUUCAAAUGCAUCUGAUGUGUUGCUGCAAUGACGCGUUUGGUGUGUAGAUACACUGAUGGGUCUGGUGUGUUAAUACAAUGAUGGGCCUGGUGUGUUGAUACAAUGAUGGGCCUGGUGUGUUGAUACAAUGAUGGGCCUGGUGUGUUGAUACAAUGAUGGGCCUGGUGUGUUGAUACAAUGAUGGGCCUGGUGUGUUGAUACAAUGAUGUGACUGAUGUGUUGAUACAAUGAUGGGACUGAUGUGUUGAUACAAUGAUGUGACUGAUGUGUUGAUACAAUGAUGUGACUGAUAUAUUGAUAAAAUGAUGUGUUGAUAAAAUGAUGGGCCUGAUGUAUUGAUAAAAUGAUGUGUUGAUAAAAUAAUGUGUUGACACAAUGAUGGGACUGAUGUAUUGAUAAAAUGAUGUGUUGAUACAAUGAUGGGUCUGGUGUGUUGAUACAAUGAUGUGACUGAUGUGUUGAUACAAUGAUGGGACUGAUGUGUUGAUACAAUGAUGUGACUGAUGUGUUGAUACAAUGAUGCGUCUGCUUUGACCACAUUAACCAAAUGCAUAUUCCGAGGACACUGGGUGAUUUUUAAUAACCGCAUGCCGCAAUAAAAUGUAUUGAUACUAACAGAUACUAGAUGAUAGAAGCCACGGGAUAAUACAAGAUACUUGACGAGACAUGAUACUAACAGAUACUAGAUGAUAGAAGCCAUGGGAUAAUACAAGAUACUUGACGAGACAUGAUACUAACAGAUACUAGAUGAUAGAAGCCA